UGAUGGGCUGUUGAAAAGUAACACUUCUCCGCAGAGCCAAAGGUUGAGUGCCGGGGAGGAGAGAAGGAGGGGAGGGGAGACACUUGCCCAGCCAAAAAAUGUAUUAUUUUACGUUUGUGGCAUGUGCCCAGUUUGUUAACUAUGAUCCCUGGACAUGAUGUUGUGCAGCUGAAGUCGUUCAAUGAGGUUAGGAUUAUAACGUAACAUCGCCAGCGGCUCUCCGGUGGCAGGCUCAGUCCGUGGGCCGGUCGAUGACAUUUUUGAGUUCCGACUCGGUUUCUCUCCUCGGGAGGGGACAGAAAGGGGAUGUCUGAGGAGGCUGUUCGCCAGACACGCAGCCAGAAGAGGGCGCUGGAGAGGGAGUCUGCUCCCCAGUCUAUGGAAGCAACCAAUGAUGACAAUGAAAGCAAAAAGCCUAAAUUGGACUCAUCUGAAUGUACAAUACAAGCACAAAGUAAACCUACAUCUGAACCUGUACCUGCACAGGAUGAUAAAAGCCUUUCUAGAGAUGGCUCAGCAGAGCCGGAGAAGGAGCUGCCAAAGGAGCAGAGCAAGUCUCCGUUACCUUUAGUGUUACCUCCGGCCUCUCAGCCGGUGAAGGAUGAUCAGAAGCGGACCCAGAGACAGCACACAGAUGAACCCAGCUCAGACUCACGGACUGAUAGCAGUGACAGAGCUGGCAAAGCCAGGACAGAGUCAGCUGGCGAUACGAGGAGCAGAGUUCGAUUGUUGGAGUCGAAGGUGGCCAGUGGCAUGCUGGCUGCAGGAGAGGUGAAGGCCACCAUCAAAGUGGAAGUUCAGACAGGAGAGCAGCCUGUGGACAUGAGCACUUCCAGAGGCAGUGUAAAAAGGGAGAAGCGCCCUCCAUCCCCAGAAGAUGAUGAUGUCAUUAUCUUGUCAGAUAACGACUCUCCAAGUCCUCCAAUGAACGGCUUGAGCCAUUUUAAGGAGCUCGACACAGCCCUGCUAAUGAAGAACAGCCCGGAAGAGAGGGAGCGCAUCAUUAAGCAGCUGAAGGAGGAGCUGAGACUGGAGGAGGCUAAGCUGGUGUUGCUGAAGAAACUCCGCCAGAGCCAGAUACAGAGAGACACGCUCCAAAAGCCCUCCACUCUGUCUGAUUCCUCUGCUCCACCUCCUCUAAUUCGUGGAACAGUUACAAGCAAUAAAGGCUCCCAGCAGCAGAUAAUGACUGCAAGGAGUUCUGGGACAGUCAUCCCUCCGCCACUGGUGAGAGGAGGACAGCAGAUGUCAUCCAAACAUGGCUCACAGAUCAUAAUGCCGCCUCUGGUGAGAGGGGCACAGCCCAUCUCUGUAUCUCCACAGCAGAUCCAGGCUCUCCGUCAGCAACAGCAGCAGCAGUUGGCUGCCUCUGGAGGCUCAGGCUCAGGACCCCCUCCUCUGCUGGUGGGCCCAAAGACCUCUGCCCCUGCAGGCCAGGGCCAUAGAGGAAUGGUCCAGCCAGGCCUGAUAAGAGUUGGCAGUAGUGCUACCACCCUGGGCUCACCAUCUAGUUUGAAGGGAUCCUCCUCAGGAAGCAGUGGCCUGUCUAUGGUUAGCGUAAAUGACUCUCCAGCAAGCCGACAAGCUGCAGCUAAACUUGCUCUGCGGAAACAAUUAGAGAAGACUCUCCUUGAGAUUCCCCCUCCCAAGCCACCUGCCCCAGAGUUUAACUUCCUGCCCUCUGCGGCCAACAAUGAGUUCAUCUACCUGGUGGGGCUCGAGGAAGUGGUACAGAAUCUAUUGGACACAAUCCACAGAGGAAAGACAGGCGUUGCACUGUCCAAGGCCAGUGCCAAAGAUCCCUUCAUCUGCACCCAGUGCCACACUGACUUCACCUGCCGCUGGAGGCAGGACAAGACAAAAGGCGGCGCAGUUCUCUGUGAACACUGCAUGUCAUCCAAUCAGAAAAAGGCUUUGAAAGCUGAACAUACCAAUAGGCUGAAAGCGGCGUUUGUCAAAGCACUUCAACAAGAGCAGGAAAUAGAGCAGCGUAUAAUUCAGCAGACAUCCUCAACGGUUUCCCACAGUAGCUCUUCGUCCUCGUCUUUAUCAUCACUGAAAGCAGAGCAGCUGGUGUCUCAGCAGCUGAGGCAGGCUCAGGCUAGAGCGUCCUCCCUCCAACACCACCACCAGGCCAAUCGAGGCACCAACAUCCUUCACCAUCACUCCAUCAAGCAGAGCUCCCAGGGCCAGCGGUCCCAUGGUAUCUCAUCGUUAGGGGUGAGGGGGGUCCCCCACUCCUUCUCUUCCUCAUCCCAGCUGCAGAGUGCGGUGGCGGCCGCAGCUUUGGUCAGCCGGCCAGGUAAGCAUGCCCAUCUUUCCCACCGCUCUGUCCAGAGUUCAAAGGUGAGCAGCAGUGGGAUCGGCGGCAGCAGGAAUGUCAGCGGAGGUAGUUCUUCAUCCACUGCAUGGAAGAAGCAGAGCAACAGCAACACAGGAGUCACUAUGGCCUACGUGAACCCAAGCCUGACGGGUCACAAGACGUCAGCCACCAUCGACGCUCGUCAGAGGGAGUACCUGCUGGACAUGAUCCCCUCCCGCUCGUCAAUCUCGCAGACUGCAAACACAUGGAAAUAAUGUACACAGUACCUUGCUAUUCAUUCAUUGGUUUUGUACAGGUUUCUUCAGCUUAGAUUUAUUGGCCAACAGCUACCCCCGGAGGACUGUUAAACAAAUACAAUCUCCUGAAAUGAGGGAACGUUCCUUCCUUACAUUUGUUAUGACUGUUGUUUAAGUUUUCUUAUAUCCUGUUGUUUAUUUUGAAUUUUACUGUUUUCUCAUAACUGUGCUGAAACAUUUUGAUUUGAGUGGGUAUAAAAAAAAUCUAAUACUUGAAGGGACUGCCCCUGGGAACUGUGACAGUCCUCUUGACUGGGUGGUUAAAUAAUUUUGUUUUAAGAGGCUGCAUUGAGUGCUUUGAAUUUUUACAUUUUAAAAAAAGUGCUCUGUUCAGGUCUUAUGCGCUCUUUUUGCCAUUAUGUUGGUCAAACUGACCCAACGUUGGACACUUGAAUGCUUAUAGUAAUACCCAAGAGUUCAAAAUUAACAAAACACAAUUAUAAAUCAAAACAAACGUUUUCAGUUCCUCAUCCCUGUAGUUAUGUUAGGUUUGCUCUUUGUUGUAUUUACAGUAAGUUAUUUUUGAUUUUUCAUUGAUGUUUAAAAUCAUCUGAUACCGUGGUUUUCACAAAUGAAGGGUUUAUUUAGCUUUUUUCCCUUGUUUAACAGCAUGCCAACCUUGAACCCCUCUAUUCAUUUUGCACCUCAGCUGAGAAAGCAUGGUGUCUUCGCUUAAUUCACCUGUAAUAGCCAUUUGUAAUUUGCUUAUUUUAUAUCAAUGUUAAGAGUGUCAGGUCAACGCUGAGAAAAAGCUAAUUCUGAGGAACAGAAUUUGCCAGGCUGAAGCCAGAAAUCUUGGCUCGGAUUUAUUCAACCAUAAUCCCUGCAAUAUGUAAACAUAAUUAGUCCAGAAUCAGUCCUGAAAAAACACACCAGAUGGCACCAGACCAUCUUCAUCCAUAUCCUCGAGUCAUUUCUCUUCUUUCCCUGCAAUGUGCAAACAUGUUUAAAUUUAUUUGGUUUACUUUUUUCCUAUCUCCUAAAGAAAUAAUAAAAAAAACUAUACAUUUUAA